AUGCUCUUCCCUUUUGAUCUCCAUAAAAUUGUUCUACGACCGGUUUUCUGGCUCCCGUUUUCGGACUUUGAUCGAAUGCAAAAUGCGAUCGAGCGAAUGUUCCGCGGCGCUCCAGUCGAUUAUUCAAGAGCUGGGCUGGAAAAGUGCUACAAUGACUGGAUCGAACAUGUCAUCGCUACAGUACCAAAAGAAAAACUGCUGAUUCACAAUGCAAAAGAAGGCUGGAAACCGAUUUGCGAUUUUCUUGGCAAGCCAGUCCCUGAUUGUCCUUAUCCAAGAGUCAAUGAUUCUGCUGGUAAUUGA